UUCAGUAUCAUAUCAAAUAACCCUUUUGGCAUUUUCGCAGGCACUGCAAGAGUGUUAUUUUGUUUGGAGAAUAUGAAACAUGGGAUGAGAAAAUAUAUGAUGCAUUGUAUUAAGGGGUUCUUCCGUCGAACAGUACAGAAGAAUAUGGAGUAUUCGUGUCAUAAAGAAAAAUCGUGCAAAGUGGAUCGAAUCUCGCGAAACAGAUGUCAAAGUUGUCGAUUCGAGAAGUGUUUAAAGGCCGGCAUGAGCAAGGAGUCGGUGAGACAAGACAGAAAUCGUAAGCGAAAGGCGAAGGACGAGACGAAGUUCGUUCAGUUUAUUAACGAAUCAAAUUAUGAAUACUUUCACUGGCGAUUGAAAUUUAUUUACGCUCAAAUAUAUAUGACACGAAUGAAAAAGCGUUUCCACUGGGAAUUGAAUUGCAAGACACCAACGACGCAGUGUCUAGGGCUAAUACUUUUGUUGAUGGUAUUCCGGCAUUCGAGAGGAUUAACAAACGCGAUAUGCAGAAAUUAA